AUGUCGGAAUUUUAUGAAUUUGCUCCAAAUGAUAUCAAGGGAUCACCUUAUUCGUUGAAAAAACUUCAAGGGAAAAUUGUUCUUGUUGUUAAUGUUGCCUCUAAAUGUGGCUUUUCCCCUCAAUAUAAAGGUUUACAAGAUUUAAAACAGAAAUUUGCUGAUCAACCAGUGGAAAUUAUAGGAUUCCCAUGUAACCAAUUUGGUCAUCAAGAACCAGGAACAAAUGAAGAAAUUGAAAAGUAUUGUCGAGAAUAUUUUGGUGUGACUUUCCCCGUGUUAAGCAAAAUUGAAACCAAUGGGAAAAAUGCUGAACCUGUUUAUAAAUAUUUGAAAUCUCAAAAACCUGGACUACUAGGAUUACAUCGAGUAAUGUGGAAUUUUGAAAAAUUCUUAAUUGAUCAAGAUGGUAAUGUUGUCGCUAGAUUUAGUAGUUUUACUAAACCUGAAACUAUUGGAUUGCAAAUUGAAGAAAUGUUAAAGCAUCAGGCUUAG